AUGUUAUUUAUUCACUCUCUUCUUCUUGCUGUGGCGUCAGCUUACCCAAUUUUCCAAGGUUUAAACAACACUGAACUCGACGAUGGCAUCAGCAGCUCCAACACCAGUAUUUUCAGCAAUUUCAAUUCUACUGCUUCCAAUAGCUCGGUUCAUAUAGUCAACAACGCUGUGGAGAUGCGUGUGAAAAGUUACAGCUACGCAGAAUUCCCAAUUACUUAUGAAGGGGUGGCCUACUUUAUCGAUGCGCAAGUUGGUUCAAAUAAAGACACUGUGAGGAUGCUUUUUGAUACUGGAUCCUCGUACACUUGGGUCCGCUCUAGCGACAUGUGUGACAAUGCUUCUACGGAUUGUUCUGGGUACGGGUCUUAUGAUUAUGAAAAAUCGACCACCAUGAAGGACAAAAAGAAAGAACUUCGUCUCAGUUACGGUGACGGUUCUUGGUACGAUACCGAGGUUGUCACGGAUUCCUUCUGGUUAGGGGAUUACCAGUUCUCAAAUCAAUAUCUUGAAUUGGAUAAAGACAGCUGGUCGUCAAUUGGGGGAUUAAUGGCCCUCAGUAUCAAUGUGAGAUCCAAGCAACUCAUCAGCAAGUUCCAGAAAGUCUUUAAUACUCAAAAACAAGGUUUCAGUGUUUAUUUAGGGCCAAAAGAACUGAACUUCAACGGGUCUUUGCUUUUUGGGGCCAUCGACUAUGACAAAAUCGAUGGUAACUUCACCGCUUUGAAGCUCACUAACUGGAGAAAUCAAUAUAAAGGAGCCACUAACUGGACUGUCGCCAGUAGAGGUAUUCUGUACGACGGUAAAACUAUUGUGGAUCAAACUUAUCCAGCGAUGCUUGAUACCGGUACCACCAAUCUUGGGGUUCCAACUGCCGUUUGGGAAAAUAUCACUUCAACUUUUGGUGCCACCGAAGAAAACGGUAAUUGGGUUUUGGAUUGUCCAUCAAAUGACAAAAACCUCACUUUCUAUUUUGACAAUAAUUUAUCCAUCAAUGUCGAAGCAAGUUCUUUGGUCGAUACGUACGGUGAUAAAUGCUAUUUCGAUGGAAUCAAUGACAAUGGACCAGUGGGGUACAUCUUGGGGGAUUCAUUCAUGAGAUACUCUUAUGUCUACCACGAUGCCCACAAGGAUGCCAUCAUGAUGGGCCAGGCAAAGUAUUCCAACACAAAAAACAUCAAGAUCAUGACCGAAGAUGUUGAUGCCAUUCAUCCAUAA